AUGGCAUUUGUUUUACAAAUUGAACCUUCCAAAGUUGAUGAAGCCUUAGGAGACGACCAAUGGAUAGUUUCAAUGCAAGAAGAGUUAAACCAAUUCGAAAGGAAUCAAGUUUGGGAACUUGUCCCUAGGCAAAGUGGUAAACACAUCAUAAGUACCAGAUGGGUAUUUAAGAAAAAGCUUGAUGAGAACGGCAUAAUUGUUCGAAACAAAGCAAGGUUGGUGGCCCAAGGAUACAAUCAAGAGGAAGGCAUUGGUUUUGAAGAAACGUUCGCUCCGGUUGCAAGGUUAGAAGCUAUCCGUUUAUUACUUGCUUAUGCUUAUUCAUUAAAUUUUUAG